GGGGGUCUGUAUACCACUUUGGCAGCUGGAAUUUCAAGAGUGAGAUGGUUUGGAGUGGAAGGAGACUACAAUGCUCUUGUGAAGGACGUAAUGGGAAUCAAUCGGGUGGAGUUUGUCCAUUCCAAAUCAUUUCUACACCGGGACAUGAAGCCAAAUAACUUCCUCAUUGUUGCCUCUCAGCAAUUGCGUGAGGUUUACAUUGGAAGUUUCAGUCUUGCUAAGCAGUAUAGAGACACAUCAACUCAUCAGCAUAUUCCUUACAGAGUGUUGAGUUCUCGUGUAUAUAAUGCACAGAAGGUAAGAAGUGGAAACCUAAUGCAACGUAUUCAAGCAUCAAUACUCACCGUGGCGUUGAACAAAGCUGCCGGGAUGAUUUAGAAUCACUUGGAUAUGUGCUUAUGUACUUUCUAUUUGGAAGUCUGCCUUGGCAAGGGGUGUCAGCAAGUACUGGGAAUGCUAGGAAUGAUGAAGAGUUUGAGAGGAAAUGUGAAAUAAAAGAGUCAACUUCAA